GAUUGAACCUUAUUUUGCUGUUGGUUUCAAAAUUUCAAUCUUUUUCUUGUUCCAUCAAAUUGGAAAAGGAAAAGGCGUAAAAUAAUUGGUGAACAAAGUGGGUGAAGUUACGUUGAUAUAUUGCUCUCAGGAAAGAGUGAAAAUUGUGAGUGAAAGGGUGAGAGGAAGAGUGAAGGAGGAGGAGGAGGAGGAAGGAAGAAAGUGAAAGUGGAAUUGGAAAGGGAAGAAAAGCCGAAAAAGAAAAGGAAAAAGAAGACGAAAACGAAACACAAAACGAUUCCUUUUUUUCAUGGGCAAUGAUUCUUCGAUUUCUCUCCUUGAUAUUUUGCUAUGAUAUAUCAUACAAGAUUGUUUUAUCUCAAUAUGUUGCCACUUUAGGUGGAAUCGUUGCCUUCUCAUGUAACGUCUCCGGUUGGGGUGACGAUACUGUUAGCUUAAUGUUAUUUUACAAGGAUGGACUCAAAGUGCCUUUUUACAGUCUUGAUGCUCGUGAAGUGCCCUUUCUACAAGCCAAAAGGUUCGGUAAUGAUACCCGGAUGUACCUCAAUGAGACAACCUCACCGCCUUCCCUUAUCAUUGAAUCUGUAAAGAUGGAAGAUGAAGGCGAAUAUCGGUGCAGAGUUGAUUUUAGAGAUGAUAAAACUCGAAAUUCACUAUUUUCACUUAAAGUUGUUCAUAAACCUAAAGUUUCAGUAAACCUUGGUGCCAAUUUGAAUGCGCAAAAUAUCAGGGAAGGAAUCGAUGUAAUCCUGGAAUGUAAUGUAACUGCUAGUCCGCCAGUUUUUGAGAUAACUUGGACUUUUAAUGAUAAGUCCGUCAUUAGUAAUCUUUCUGAUGGGCUCAUCGUGUCGGGCAACUUUCUUGUCCUGCAAAAGGUUAAGAGGUCACAUCGUGGUAACUAUCAGUGCAUUGCUGUCAAUUCAGUUGGAGAAGGUCGAAGUAAUCAUUUUUUCCUUCGAGUUCAAUGUAAGUAAAUGUUGGAAAUGCCA